AUGAAGCUUUUCGCUAGUCUUUUCUUCGCCAUCACGGCGGCAACGGCCUUUGCCACGCCCAAACCGGAUUUGCGUCACUCACUAGUUGAUCCCCCUCCGCAAUUGGCUCAGGUCGCUAAGACGCGAUACGUCAACGUCAACGGCGACAAGAUCGCCUACCGACGUUUCGGUGUCAAGUCCGACGUCCCAGUCAUAUUCCUCGCCAACUUCCGCGCGUCCAUGGACAUUGCCGAUCCGCUUUUGUUCAACUACAUCGCCGAAUCGCGAGAGGUCAUCCUCUUUGACAAUGCUGGCGUCGGCCACAGCGGGGGGGUGGUUGCCGACUCCAUUGCGAAGCAGGGCGACACGGCCGCAGCCUUCCUCGCCGCCAUCGGUGUUAAAAAGGUCAACGUUCUGGGUUUCUCCAUGGGUGGCGGUGUCGCCCAGCACGUUGGUAUCAACUAUCCCAACCUCGUCAAGAAGCUGGUCCUGGCUGGCUCAAUCGUUGGCAACGGCACCGGAACCGUCGAGGCCAAACCUGAGGUUUUCGAGAUGGCCAGACAGCCCGACGUCCCUCUGGAGGACGCCUUGAAGCUGUUCUUCUACCCGUCCGAGACCAGCAGUGCAGCGGGCACCGCCUGGGCGAACCGGAUCUUUGAGCGCCAGGUCAAGGGCGAAAACAGGACAGGAUCCAUCCAAGAGCCCGGCACGUCGUCGCACUUGAAGGCCAUUUUCGACUUCACCCGCAACUCGACCUAUUUCGAACAGGUCAAGACUAUCCAGGUGCCCGUCUUGGUGACCAACGGAAAGACCGACGUCUUGGCCCCCACGGUCAACUCGUUCUUGCUGCAGCAGCAGUUGCCCUACGCGUAUGCUCACAUCUACCCGGACUCUGGCCAUGGACAUCUCUUCCAGUUUCCCAAGGCCUAUGUCGAGUCGCUUCUGCAGUUCUGGGAGAGCUGA